CAGCUCAGUAGGUUGUUGCGACAUCCAUGUACCAAUAUUUCAGAGGUGCUUAACGGCAAUAACUAAAGUAUCAGCGAGCCAAUCUACCUGUACCAGUAUAUCCAGGAACCUAAAAGCUAGACACUGCUGUCUGAUGUGAACUUCAAGGUUUGUAAAACCUCAGACUGGGUACAUUGAACCAUAUCAUCUAUAGAUUGCAACGGUUAUCGUCUUGCUAUUUAACACAACUAUGUAAUACUAUGGAUCAAGAGCUGAAAUCAUACUUUCCAUCUAAGGGUAGAAUAUCACGAACAGACCUGCUACUGUUUCUUAUUUUGGGAUUUGGUUCCUCGCUGAGUCUCCUUUUCCUGGUUCAGCCAGACACCCCGGAAUGUUGGUGUAUAAACUGGAAUGCCAUCAUCGGACAGAUUUAUGUGUAUGCCAGGCUUGCAGCUUCAGUAAUCUUACGACAUUUGCGGAACUUUUACGAAAGGUACGGCGCACUUCGUAUACUUCUGUUUUUGACAUUUGUCUCGUGGUUAAGCUAUGUUAUUGUGGCACAUGGUUUGGACCAAGCAGCAACAACGACGUGGAAAUGGCUUGAAGGCAAUGCCAUACGUAGACUCGACGACAGUGUCAUCAUAAUCGAUGAAAACCGAAAUGUAUCGACUUCAAUGAGAAGGGUUCAAGAAGAGCCAAAAUCAAUAGAAGAACAUUUUAGAUAUAACGGAGAAGAUGUUAGUUUUCAUUGUUACGAUGAAAUGGCAUUUUAUGUCGAAGUUGAACCCUUGGACAAACCAGUCAUCUGGAUGCGUAAUGGUAAAUUAAUCCUACCAUCAGAGAAAAUUCAUAUUGAACUUUCAUUUGAUGACGUUACUGAUGCAAACAAAAUAACGGGUGAGCAUAACGCCAGGUUAUAUAGUUAUUUUAUUGAGUCAACGUUAAAGAUAUACUUCGUAGAAGACUCUGAUUAUGGAAAUUAUACUUGCCAUCUAAGGCAGGCGGCAAGGAUUAAGCACGACAUAUCCCAAACAAAAUCCAACAGGCAACAACGAUCUGAAAAUAAAAAACAGCAGAUGCCUAAACCCGAUUUUAAACGCCAUUUUACUAGUGUGUUUCCACCGUGCAUCUGUAGAUGUAUUUAUAUUUAUUUCAAUUUUGAAGAUUUGGCUAAGCAAUUCGAAGAAAUGCUCUCAGAGUUCUAUGCCUUUAUAGAAGCCCGGCGGAAGAUGCAAAUGUGUAAAGAGAACUUACGGAAAACGAACAUUUAUGACUGGACUGGCGAAUUCAUGUUGACAAAGAUAAACAAAACGGUGCUGACUAAGUCGGCUCCUCCUGGCGGAAUUGUGUCCAUAAGUGCUUCCUACCUAAAUUUGGCCGAAAAGCAAGAUGUAUCACUUGACUAUGUGAUUAAUGAUAAAGCCAACCAUGAAGUCUGUACUGGAAAUUUAAAUGGCUGUUCUCUCUUUGUCUGGAUAUAUUGGGCUUUUUGGCAUGCCAAGGGCCAUUUUGGUACACUACCAAAUAUAUUUUUGUAUUGGCUCAACAUGCAGAGUUCCAUUUUAGGAAUUGCGUGGCACUGCGCAUGUCCGUCGUCCUACGGCAGUCAUGUUUUCCGGUUUUACAGACAUUUUUACAACGUUACAAGUGGAAGAAACGAAGUAAUCGAAGUGGAACACCCUCAGUCUAUCAGACUUGUUCCCCGAACAGCAGAUAUACUCCUGGCUUUCCAAAAUGAAUCCAAGCCAAUGCUACUGGGUGAUUCUCUAUCCAUAAUGGGUUCAUACUAUUGGUUGACAUAUAUUCAGGAAUUACACAGGAAUUACUUUGUGAUCGAAAAUAUGAUAUUUUUUGGAUUGUUGGUGUUUGGUGUACUAAUAACAUAUGCCAUCAAUAAACUGAUGGUGCGCCUGAUUGUUGACUGUAGGAAUGUGAUCCUAGAAGGACCUUUUUGGCAUGAUCCACGAGUGAAGAAAUUAAGGGAAACUCUAGGCAGUAUUGGCCACAUUGGCUUGUCUUGUAAAUACGAUGUCUAUAUAUCAUAUGCGAAUUCUCAGCGGGACUUGGCAUCUGCACUGGCAUCCAUUUUGGAGUCUUUUGGAAACAAGGUGUUUUACAGAGAACGGGAUGUCGCCAUUGGAGACUACAAAACUGAAUCUGUUUCCAAUGCCAUUGUCUCCAGUCGCAUGUUCCUGAUCAUUGUCUCCAAGGAAUACAUCGAAAGCGGUUUUCAAAACGGGUUUGAGUUCCAACUCAUGUUGUACCAAAUACACGAGAAACAGGUUGCUGAGAAGAAUGUCAUGCUUAUUAAGCACGGACCAUGUAACAUAGCGACAUAUUUCGGUGAUUUCACCAGCAUGAAAAUACUGCAUAUGGACAGGCUUUGUCCUGAAGAAUUCUCUAAACUGUUUAACAAUUGGUGUACUGGACAGGAGUCAAACAAAACAUUCUUGUCAGUUAUAACAUUGGGUGGUUUGUGUGCGUGUUUAGGCAUCGCGUUGUUUAUGCCAAAGCAAGUCAUUGUAACUGCUAUUAAUGUGUUAAAAACACUCUUCUUGUUUUGGUUGGAGGAUGUUUCGGGCGUAUGAAAAUUUAAAAACUAAAUUUAAAGUUUGUUUUGUUUAACAACACCACUAGAGCCAUCUAUGUAUUAAUCACCGGCUAUUGGUUGUUAAAUAUUUGGUAAUUCUGACAUAGUCUUAAGAGAGGA